AUGGUGAUCGCAAUUUCCAAGCACUUUGGAUGGCCCAUCGACCAGCUCGAUGUGGUGACGGCUUUUCUGUACGGCUUCAUUGAUGGACAAGUGUUCUGUGUGAUUCCUGAAGGCGUUGAACUUGAUAGUACGUUCGACUGCCUUGAAUUGGUGAAGUCAAUUUGCGGCCUCAAGCAAGCGUCGCGAGUGUGGAAUGCGACAUUCGACGAGUUUGUGUACUCCAUUGGAUUUCAAGUAUCGGACUUCGACCCAUGUCUCUACAUCAAGACUUCGGACGGCCAUUGUGUGUUUGUAUUGGUCUACGUGGACGACGUUUUGGUGACUGGAAGCUCGCUCGAGCUAAUUAGACGAACCAAGAACGACCUGAAGACACGUUUCGAGAUGACAGACAGCGACAAGUGUGCAUUUGCUCUUGGGAUCGAGAUUCUGGACGGUGAAGACGGCAGUGAGUGCAAGGCUGUGGCAAGUCCUGUGGAUGUCAGCUCUCGAAUGAUGUCAAGGAACACUGCGAGCAAGAUCGAUGUUCCAUUCCGUGAAGCUGUUGGCGCUUUGAUGCAUCUGACGACUACAACAAGGCCGGACAUCGCCUAUGCUGUGAGCUUUGUGUCGCGCUUCAUGGAGAAUCCCCAAGAAGAACACUGGGUUGCGGUCAAGCGCUUCUUUCGAUACCUGGAGAAUCCCCAAGAAGAACACUGGGUCAAGGGCAAGCUCACUAUUUGA